ACGGAUCUGCACUUAGCCCCUCGUUAUAUUUGCAAUUGGAGCCAUUGUGCUCUUCUGCUCAAACAAUCAAGAGCGUUGGAAUCAAACAACCAGCCAUGCAGAGAACUGAUCUCGUCUUCCAGCGCGAUGCGCAUCUCGCACAGAUGCAAGCAGUCGUUCUCGCGGUCAACCCCUAUUCUUCGUUGGCACAAGUCGAAAAGGACCUAUUCAAGCAGGCUACAGAAAAGUCAUACGUUGUCAUCACCGCCGCAACAAUUUUCCACCCACAGGGAGGAGGGCAGCCAAGCGACAUCGGGAUUAUGCAAAGCGAAGCAGGGGCACAGUUCGAAAUGCUAAGUGCUCGCACGAGCAACCUCUCCUCCGAGAUAGUCUUCCAUUUUGGUCAUUUCCUCGAUUCGGAGAAAAUCUUCAGCGUGAGCGAGACUGUCACACAAUCUAUUGAUGAGGAGAAACGGCUAUUGUUCUCUCGCUAUCAUACAGCGGGUCAUAUUCUCGGAGCGGCGGUCAGAGACAUCGUAUCGGGUCAUGUUAAAGGUUUGGAAAAACUCAAAGCUUCACACAUUCCCUCAAUGGCUGCCUGUGAGUAUCACGGCUCCAUUGAGGGAAAGUGGAAGGACGCGAUCCAAGCGCGGGUCGAUGAGAUCAUCGAUGCGGAUUAUCCAGUGACGGCAAAAUGGUGGGAUGAUGAGGAAUUCCGCUUGAAUGGGCUGGAAGACGCUCUACCUGAUCGCAAGGCCUUGGGUGUGCCCGAUGAUGAAAAAUUUCGUGUUAUCGAGAUUGGGCCAGCUGACACCUAUCCUUGUGGUGGAACGCAUGUUGACAGUAGCAAAGAAUGCGGCAAGACCACGGUGAAGAAGAUCAGUCGCUCGAAAGGCACCAGUCGAAUUGGAUAUUCGCUUGCGGAAUGAUCAUAGGCCAGAGAGAUAGAGUCAUAUCAUGAAACUCGUACAGACCAGAAGCCCUUUCGAGACCCACAACCAUCGACGUAGGACUUGCCAUCGUCGCCGAUUGGCAAUCGCUGUUCUGACGAAGGCAACUCCAGCAGCUACCAGCCAGGACGUACUUUCAAAUGGCUCAACGAGAUGGCGUUGCACCGGAGCUCAUGAAUCUCAAAAGGUCCACAAGGGGUAGGGGCGCUUGUUGCGGGCUUGACACAGGAGCUCGUUUGGCUUUGCUUGUUGAUUCCACACCGACCAUCGCCGCACCUGCGUCUGAGUUGUCAUCAUCCUCAUCGUCGUCUUCGCCGUAAAUGUCGAGAUUUUUAUGAAUACCUGUAUUGA